CAAGACGCUUAUUGUUGAAUCCUGCAGAAUCCUGCAGCAUCCACCUCACCUCACCUGUGGGUCUGUCUCUUCCAUCAUAUCCCAGCGUCCAUCUAUCUCCCUGGUGUUACUGACAGCAACAGGCUCCGCGGUGGAUGCUUCCACUUGUGUGUGAAGCUCCAUUCGUCCCGCAGCCACAGAAACACCAGAAACCGCCCGCCCGCAUCCCAACACAUUGGCAGAUCACCUUCCCCAAAGAUCGUUUGACGAGCCUGUCAGCGAGGGAAGCCACGCGCGAAGGCGUCUCCUGCCCAGGCGCGGGCUUCUGCCUCUGUCUGUCUGGUGCGGCAAACCAUCCCCAGGCGACGGCCCACACACGAGAGGAAAAAGGCCCCGACGCGACGCGUGACCGCAUGAAAAAACAUUGGGCCACGGAUGCAUGCAGCUCUUUCCCAGUGGUGGGACAAGAAAGCGCACAGGGGCAUCCGAUUGCUGGCUGAGGACAGCAGCGCAGGAAACGAGGGCAAAACUGCACCGCACACACCAGGCACACCCAUGCACACACACACACACACACACGCACACACGUAUUCGAGUCAUCCCCCCCCCACUUGCCGGCUUGUGCAGCCCAGCCCCAGACACAGGCGUCGAUCGAGAUGGUGGACAAAAAGAGGCCUCGUGUGUGGUGUGUACGUCAGGUUCCUCCCUCUGUCUCUGUCCCUCUCUCUCUCUCUCUCUCUGUCCUUCACUCAGGCGCCCCCCGCCAGCCUCUGGCGCCCGAGGUGGUGGUUACCUUGAGUGUUGAUCUCCGCCUCGUCAAUCGGACUGUGCAUGUCCCUCACAUCAGCGCUGCCCAGACGAAUGCGGCCGUCCAGGGAAACCGCCGGCUGGUAAUCAAGGUACGACGGCUGGUACCUGCAGACACACACACGCCCACACACACACACACAGAGAGAGAGAGAGAGAGGGUUCUUGUUUCUCGCAACGAGGGUGGAUGUGGUGGUCGGGCUGACAUACAUGUUCUUCUGGACGGUGGUGAGAAUGUCCUUGGGUCUCUGGAUGCGCGCGUGGCCCUCGGCGAAGGCCUGCUCGAUGACGGCCGUGGCAAUCUUGGCCGAGAUGUCGCGGAUGUUCUCGAGAGGGGGGUAGAUCUGACCACGAUCCAGCUCAUCCUGCAGCCAUCCCACACAUCACACAGCAAACAGGCAAUCCGACGGUUGAACGAAACAAAUGAUAUGCGUGUGUCUGUCUGUCUGUGUGGAGGGGCGUGUGUUGUGUGUGGUGACCCACUCACUCUGCCACCCAUCUAUCUACCUGUGAGACUUGGUCGGCCAGCGACGCUGCCGCGACGGCAAUCAUCCCAUCAGACACCUCCUUGCUGCGGCACAGCCACGCACCGAAUCCCAAACCUGAGGACAACACCAACACACCACAGCAACACCAACACACCAACACACCAACACAGACAGCCAUGAAAGGGGAUGGAUGUUUGUAUGGCACAUAUGUGCCUUGAUGUGUGGCCCCCGACCGACCGACCGACCGACCGACCGACCAGGGAAGAUGUACAUGUUGUUGCCCUGACUGGGGUGGAAGACGGUCUCGCCAACAGUCACCGGGGGGAAGGGCGAACCUACCACAACACAACACAACACACCACACCACACACCUACAAGCAGGCAAGGCAAGGGCGGUGGGGGUGGCACACUACGGACCUACCUGAUGCGAAGAUGCACUUGCUCUGUGAGAUCCGGAAGGCCUGCUCGGCUGUGCACUCUGAGUUCUUGGUGGGGUUGGAGAGGGGGAAGAUGAUGGGCCGCUCGGUGAUCUGACACACGGCCAGCCAGAGACACACACUCAGAGAUAAUGAAUGAAGGCGUGUCGUGUGAUGGGUGUUGGCAGCAAUGGGCUGACCUGGCACAUUUGGUCAAUAAUCUCGUCGUUGAAGGCGUUGGCCUGGCCGGAGAGGCCGAUGAUGCCUGUGGGAAGGACCUUCUUGACGACGUCCAGCAGAUCCUUGACGCUCUGCACACACACUCACACACCUCUGGAGGGGAAACAUCCAUAAAAGUGCGCGUAAAAGUGCUCACGUCGGUGAUGUCGUGUCGCGCGUAUGGCUUCUUGAAGGAUGCCAGGUUGUCACCACGCGUGGCCGUGAUCAGGCCCUUCGAGUCGACCAUGUAGAACAUCCUGACAGACAACUCACACACACGCAUCCCUCCCUCCCUCCCUCCCUCCGUCCCCUGCUUCCUUCUUCAUUGCCGCUCACUUCCUGGCCUGCUCGACGGGUAUGUCGUGUUUCAGCUUCAGCAGCGCACAGAUCUGGUCAGCCACACCAAUGCCUACCCUCACACACACACACACACACACACAAAGUCUUUGGCGAAAGGGGUGGCUCACCAGCUGCGCCCGCUCCAAGGAAGACGAUUCGGUGGCUGGCGAUUGGCAGCUUGCAGAGCUUCAUGGCGUUGAGGAAGCCGGCGGCUAUCACCGCUCCGGUGCCCUGGAUGUCGUCGUUGAAGCACAGUAUCUUGUGGCGGUACUUUUCCAGCAAGUCGAAUGCAUGGCUGACACACACACACACACACAGACAGAGACAGAGACACAGAGGAAGAGAGGGAGCGAGAGGGGUGGGAUGGCGUCGUGUCACAAUCUGUCUGCCUCCCUCGUGACCUCACUCGUUGCUGAAGUCCUCGAAUUGGAUGAGCACGUUCGGCCACUUGUUGACGCAGGCCAUCAGGAAUUCGUCCACGAGCGGGUAAUACUCCUCAUUGGCAAGCCGCUCGUGGCGACAUCCCAGAUAGAAAUCGUCCUAGCAAUGAACGCAUAAGCAGCAGCCUCUUUCUUCAACCCUCCCUCUCUCUCGUGAGUGUGUCCAUGGUCAUGCCAUGCGUACCUUGAGCAGCGCCUCGUUGUUGGUGCCCGUGUCGAUGACGACCGGGAGUGUGGUGGCCGGGUGGAAACCCGCGGCGGCCACGUAGAGCGAGAGCUUGCCAACUGACAGACACCCACAGCAACAACACAACACAACACAACACAGCACUGAGGGAUAUGGAUGAGUGGUCGAGAGCGGGCCUUUCUGCCGAUAUUUCUCCCUCCCUCACCCCCUCCCUCCUUGAGCGCCUUACUUGGUAUGCCCAUGCCGCAUGUGCCCAAAUCGCCGAGCCCGAGAAUGCGCGAGCCGUCAGUCACCACAAUGAUGGACACCUGGCACAAGACAAAUCACGCACUUCCCAUAUCAUCUUCGGUGCGUGUGCGACAGACAGUGUGGUGCAUGCCGACCUCGUCGAGCAUGUUUGGCUUCCAGUUGUCGAGUGCCUCCCUGAUGCGGCCCCUCAGGUCUCUGUCGAAGUACAUGCCCUCUGCUGCGCGGUAAUUGAGACCAAACUCCUGCACAGCACACACACGUGCCUGAUGAUGAGAUGUGGGUCUGUGUAUGUGAAGGGGAGUGCAUUCUGACCAGGCACGCUUGGCCGACGGUGGGUGUGUAGAUGAUGGGCAGAGUCUCCUUCAGAUUCUGCAACACCAGCUGACACACACACGACAAAGGACAACAAACGUGCCCUGCGAUCUCCCUGGUGACGUGAGUGUGCGGCGCAUACGUACGUUGUAGAACAGCGUGUCCGAUCGCUCCCGGAGCGCUGGACACCCACAGACAACCACCCCACCAGCACCCAGACAGACACUCACAAUGCAUUCCUCGUCCUGCCUCAGGUCAUCGUCGACCGCUGCGUAUGUACAUGAUAGGUAGAUGUAUUUGGCCAUAGGCGACUGAAAGUUUCUGAACUGGCGGUAGCACCGCCGAACCUGCAGCUCAAUGCUCUCUGUCUUCCCUGAGCAUACACAAUCAACAGACACACACACACACAGACACACACAACACCCGCCAUGCCAUGCAGAAGGGUAGGACCCAUGCGCUGCGCCCAUUGGUCCAGGCGCAUGCACAGGCACAUGCGCACCCGGAAGGAGGCCAGUGAGGUGCAGGUGCUCUCGCUCAUCGAUGGAGAACGCCGUGCCCUUGUUGAAGUGCCUGUUGAAAAGAAUUCCGCUCGGAUCUUCGUUGACGUAGUGAGACGGCCGGUGCAAAGAGAUGGUCCGCACCGUCCUGCACACGACAACAUAGGCACAGUGACCCGCCCGCACAUCUCCAUUGUGUGUCUGCAGGCUGAACGCGCACCGCGGCUUCGUGUAAUGGUCGUCCGGGGUGCCUGGAAUGCCGUUUUCUGCUGCCGCCAGCCCCGCCAUGUUCGUGGAUAGAUCUGCAACAGUAUGGC